AUGGCGGAGGAGCGCCUAGCGAGCGCCAUCUUGGAGGUGCAGCGACGCUUGGCAGCGCCACCCGACUCGAUCCGUGCAUCGUAUGAUCGGGAGCACAUGUCGCAGACGCUCGCGCGGUGCAUAGCGCAGCAUCGUGCGCUGCUCGCCGAGGCAGAAGAGGCGCUGGCGUGGGAGAAGCGGAUGCAUGCGGAGAAUGCGGCGCUUCUGGACGACAUGUCGCGCAUGAGGGAUGCGCCGGCGCCCCUGCCGCCCAGCUCGCACACCGAGUCGGAGCUGCUGGCGGCGCUCGUCCGCGUGACAGAUCGCGCCUUUGACGACAGGCGGCAGUGCCAGCAGCUGCGGCAGGUGCUCGAUCUCCUCCUGAACGCAUUGUGGGACUGCCCCGACGACCCAUACGUGAGCAUGCGCGGUCUCGAUACCCAGGUGGCGGCCUUUCUGCACCAGGCGGGCCUGGUGCGCGCCCACCCCACCGAGCCAGACGCCGUGCGACUCGUGGCCUUCCACGAGGCCCUGCCUGAUGCGCGCACAUCGCGGCCUACCGUGUAUGGCUAA